ACAAACAUCAAAUCUCAUAAUUCCAAAAGAGAAACCCCAUCAUCAACUUUUUGCAACCAAAACAUGUCAUCCACCACCAUGGAUUCAGAUCAGUUUGCAUCUCUAGAACAUAUUCAACAAUACCUCUUUCUUGACAACGAUUCAAGCCCUAUGACCUCACCUCAAGCUAUUGAAAGCCCUAGUUCUGAUCCAAAUGCGCUCUCUUUCGACAAGCCCGAUGCGGCAGAGCGUGAGCCUAACGCGCCUCCGGCAUGGAGGCACUACAGAGGCGUGAGGCGCAGGCCGUGGGGUAAGUUUGCGGCAGAGACCAGAGAUCCAAAGAAGAACGGUGCUAGGGUUUGGCUUGGAACUUAUGUGACUGAGGAGGAAGCAGCUAUAGCUUACGAUAAAGCUGCUUUCAAGAUGCGUGGCCGGAAGGCCAAGCUGAACUUCCCCCACCUCAUCUGCUCUUCUGAGCCGGUGAGGGAGGUGGUUGUGAAGCGGUGCUCACCAGAGCCAACAGAGCUUUCUCCACCGGUGUCACCUUUAUCGGAGGAUAGUUGUGAGUCACAAGGGUCAAAGAAGAGAAGGACCAUGGUUGAUCUGCUAAAUAAGUUAGCCAAGAAUAGAGGUCAAGUCAAGGCAUUUGAAAUGGCCUCGCAGGAAAAUGUUGUUGAACAAUGGGUGAACGAGUUGAGUGAUUGUAGUGUUUUUUAGUUUUUUUUUUUUUAGUUUUUUUUGUUUGUGCAGUUCCUCAUGAGGCUGUAGGUUUUUGCUGUGAGUGAUGAACUUAGUUCCUCAUAAGCUUGAAAUGAUUUUUGCAUGACCCUGGCUGAGUGGAUCAUGUUUGCUAUGAAAUGUCCAAGCAUAAAUAAAACUAUGACAAUGUUGUAAUUUUUCGAAUGGCUAGAACAUUUGUAUCUGAGUACUGACUA